GCCACCAUCCAGCACGACGAGGCCGGUCCUCACCCCGCCUCCGCCGCCCAUGGCCUCACCCACCCCUUCCCGCUUUCCGCCCUCCCGACCAUGUCUCCCCGUCCGCACCCGCAUACCCCCCUCCGCGCGCUCUCCGCCCAACACUUUGCCGCGCUGCACACCGCCGCCGCCACGAGCCACGCCCCGGACAGCGUCCUCUUUCCCUUCCUCCACGGCGUCGAGGGCGACAACCGCGCCCAGAACGUCUUCUUCGCCGGGACCAGCGGCGCCGCCGAGGGUUGCGUUCGCGUCCCGCGCUUCAGGGGUCUCGUAUGGGUCGCCGCAGACGAAGACGUCGAGGUGGGCGAGCUGCCUGACAACUCGGACGAUGAAGACGAGCUGGAGAGCGAGUACGAUUCGGACUUGGACAGGAGCGAGCCCGAUGCGUUCGGUAUGCCGAUGGACAUCGACCCGCCGGCGGACAGCGACCCGAACGCAGGCGCUCACAUGCAUCCCGAGAUGCAGCGCAAGGCCGACGCGCCAGAUGACAACAGCAUCCCUAGCUCAAUUCCGGGACCGGUGAACAUUAUCGACUAUACCUUCCCAUAUGGCUCGACGACGACCGGCAACCACACACACGAUCGCCGCGACUCGACUGCCUCACAUGCUUCCUUCGCGUCGACGGGAGCAUCCUCUGUCACCUCCUCUCUCUUUGACUCGCAGAGUUUGGGCACCGCCUCUACCUCCUUGACCUCCUCGUGUGCCCCGGACUCGCCCUGCGCCGAAAACUCGCAACUUGCUCCUCUUCCCGAGAACGAGCAGUUGCAGAACAUGGGAUCCCACACUGGAUCCGCCUCGCCUCCUCCCUUGCGCCGGCCUCCGAUCCUCACUUCGUCCUUCCGCGCCCGCGAGCUGCUCAAACGCGGCCCCAAGGGUUUCGAGGGCGCAUUCGUUCCGCCGCGCGUCCCGGACGGCAUCUCGCUGCGCAACUUUGGCAUUCAAACUGCCGUCUACGCAACCUUAUCGGAUAUAGUCGUCUACUCGCCUUAUGGAGACACCCGCGCCGCCUACCUCCUCGCGGAGAAGUUUAAACGUGCGGUGGAAGCCAAGUACGAGGAGCGCCUGGCGCGGAUCCGGGCGAGUGAUGCCCUCACCCCGGAAGAGGCCAAGUCGCGCGAAGACGACCUCGUGCUCUACCAUGUGUUCGUCCUCGACGCGAGCCCGCAGGAGUUGGAGGAGGUUCUGCCGCACCUGGUUAUCCGAACCGAGGACGAGGAAGAAGAACAGGACAGCGCGCUCGCGAGCACGCUGGCCAGUGCCGCCGGCCAGGCGGAGGGCGCACAGGAGGGCAAGCAUCGCAGGGCGAAGAAGGCCAACACGGUCAACUUUGCACAGAGGGAGAAGGAUGAGAUGCGCGAGCUCACGCGUGCCAGCGAGAUCGUGUCUGUGUUCCCGGCUGCUGAGGUCGAAGAGCGCGAGAAGGACGCCACGUCUGGCUCGACGACCGCCAGCAAGUGGGAUUCUUCCGUAGGCCAGAUCUUUCUAGGCAACUCGAACGACGUGCCCAUGCCCCCGUCCGAGUACUGCCCGCUCCCACAGCCGCGUUCGUCAACGCCGCCGACGGAGGAGGACGACGACCCGUUCCACUACGCCUCGAACGAUCCCGCCAAGGGUCUCGGCUACGACAUCUGCAUCGAAUGCCACGACGCGGCCCCUUUCCCAUCCUCCGCGCACCUGAGAGCCGCGGAGGAGCACGUGAACGCGCUCGAGGAGAUGUGGGCGCAGCGGUGCGCGAAGAUCCAGACCCCUGGCGCGGUCCGUCCUCCGCCGAACGCCAACUCGGUGGUCCACCUGCCCUUCCCGUCCAGCCCGCCCAGCACGAGUGUAACCCUCUCUGCGCUCAUGCCAUUCCUGGCCAUGCUCGAGCGCCUUCUCGCGCCGGUCGCGACGACUCCGGCGGCGUCGGGAUCCACGGAGCCGAUGCCGAUGCCCACGUCGCGGCCUCGUGCUAGCUCCGGCGCCCUCACGUCGCUCUUCAAUCCCGCCCCGCCGCCACCGCGUUACCGCUCGCGUCCGGUCAAGGUCCUCAUCUAUUCUUCUGAUGGGUACACCGAGUCGUCCGUGCUCGCCCUUUCGAGCUUGAUGUACCUCCGCGGACUUGCAUUGCCCGAGGCCUACCUUGAGCUGCAGGUUACCAAACGCCGGAGCUUCUUCGUGUACUCCAGCGAUGUCGGCGUGCUGAAGAGGAUCGAGCAGCGCGUUGCGAGAGAGCGUGGGAUCAUGGGCGCCGCGAUGCCGUCGAAGACCUGGGGCGGGUUCAUGUUGGUCAGCGAUGCCGCACAGGCCGCCAGGCAGCAUCAGCAGGGGCAAGGUCAGCCGCGCACGAUUGGCCACAUUGGCCGCCUUGGCUCCAACUCGGUGUCGGUACCGGCGUCGAUGCCCAUGGCCCCAGGUGCUUUCGCGCAGACGAUGGGCCCGGCGUCCCUGGCGUCCGAGAGCCCGCUGAGGUCGAUGGGCCGACCCAGGGCGAGCACGAGCCCGAUGUUGCCGAGCCUGUUCGACGACCAUCAGGCCUGGUUCGAUGACCCGCGGUUCGACGGCAGUUUCCCGAGCAGGGUGCUUCCCUUCCUUUACUUGGGAAACUUGAACCACGCGAGCAACGCUUACAUGCUUCACGCCCUCGGCAUCACGCACGUCGUCUCUGUUGGCGAGUGUGCGCUAGUGCCGCCCCAGCAUAUCCCGGCACAUAUGGUCAACGCCCGCACCACUGGCCCACAAUACGUUCCAGGCAAGGUGCCUGGGUGUCAUGGUUCGCUUUGGAUCGAGGAGCGCGAGGGCAGGAUCAAGGUUCUCGACAUAAAGGGCGUGUGCGACGACGGGAUCGAUACGCUCGAGCCCCAACUGGCGCCGAUCUGCGAGUGGAUCGAUAAGGCUCGCGCUGAGGGAGGGCAAGUGCUCGUCCACUGCCGCGUUGGCGUCAGUCGGAGUGCGACCGUUGUGAUCGCAUACGUGAUGAAGCAUUUGAAUAUCCCGCUCGUGGACGCCUACCUGAUUGUACGGUCUCGCCGCCUGUCCGUCCUCAUCCAGCCCAACCUGCGCUUGUUGUACAACCUUCAAGGAUGGGAGAUACAGCUUGCGCGCGAGCGCGCUGGGAAUAACGAGGACCGGGUUCGUGAAGAACUCGCGCGGAGCUUGAGCUGGCCCUACCUCUCGAAGGAGGUGCACGCGCUCAACGAAAAGUACUUGCACUGAGCAAGUCUGCCUCGACCGAAACCUUCCCUAGCUGGUCCAUCCUCGGCUGGCACGGUUUCUACUUCCCCAACGCCGGGCUUUUUGUCUCGACAUCCGGGCCUAAACAUCAUGAUACCUCUAACGACACACGCAUCCAAUUCUGUAUUCUCCUCGUCGUUUGUACCAUUUCAUGCCGCCAAACCCCCUUACUUUCGCCUUCGACUUUCUCUGUACCAUAUCUGAUGAUCCACGCUCGAGGCGCUUGUUCCAACCAUUCAUGUACGCUCGUCACGCCCCCUUCCGACUCCCUCAACUCUGUCUCUGUCUCCGUUUCCUCUGAUGCAAUACUUAUCCGCUAUCGAUUGCAAACCUGUAGAUGCCUUACUGUACAUUAUGAUCACGAUCUGCUGUACAGUGUAAUGCAAUCGUAUGAUACC